ACAGCCAAUCAAAUCACAGCUAAAUGAAAUCGGAGUCGUUUUGCUCCAGAUUCCUGUUGAAGUUAAUGUGCGUUAAUGACUAAAAGUAAGCGUUCGUGCAUCUUGAGCAGUGUUGUUAACGUUGAUUCACAUUGUUUGUUGAGUUACGUAUAUAAAAGACGCUCGGAAACCCGCGACCCUGCGCAAACGAUUGUUUAUGUAAACACAAGCGCUGUUUAGCACAUGCACUGUAUUGCCAAAAGUAUUCGCUCACCCAUCCAAAUAAUCAGAUGGUCGUCUAAUCGCGGCCGCAGGUGUAUAAAGUCAAGCACCUGGGCACGCAGACUGUUUUUUACAGACAUUUGUGAAGGAAUGGGUCGCUCUCUCAGUGAGUUCCAGCGUGGAACUGUGAUAGGAUGCCACCUGUGCAACAAAUCCAGUCGUGAAAUUUCCUCGCUCCUAAAUAUUCCACAGUCGACUGUCAGCUAUAUCGUAAGGAAGUGGAAGCGUUUGGGAACGACGGCGACUCAGCCGCGGAGUGGUAGGCCCCGUAAACUGACGGAGCGGGGUCAGCGGAUGCUGAGGCGCACGGUCCGCAGUGGCCGCCAACUUUCUGCAGAGUCGCUCGCUACAGACCUCCGGACCUCAUGCGGCCUUCAGGUCAGCUCAAGAACAAUGCGCAGAGAGCUCCGUGGAAUGAUGGGUUCUCGUGCAUCCAAGCCAUGCGUCGACGCGAGGCGUCGGAUGCAGUGGUGUAAAGCGCGCCGCCACUGGACUCUGGAGCGGUGGAGACGCGUUCUCUGGAGUGACCAGUCGCGCUUCUCCAUCUGGAGGUCGGGCGGAGGAGUCUGGGUUAGACGGUUGCCGGGACGACAGUGCUCCUCUGACUGCAUCGUGCCAAGUGUGAAGUUCGGUGGAGGGGGGGUUAUGGUGUGGGGUUGUUUUUCAGGAGCUGGGCUCGGCCCUUUAGUUCCGGUGAAAGGAAGUCCGAAUGCUUCGGCGUACCAAGACAUUUUGGACAAUUACAUGCUGCCGACUUUGUGGGAACAGUUCGGAGCCGGGCCCUUCCUCUUCCAACAUGACCGCGCGCCAGUGCACAAAGCAAGGUCCGUAAAGACGUGGAUGACAGAGUCCGGCGUGGAUGAACUCGACUGGCCCGCGCCGAGUCCUGAUCUCAACCCCAUAGAACAGCUUUGGGAUGAAUUAGAGCGGAGGCUGAGAGCCAGGCCUUCUCGUCCAACGUCGGCGUGCGACCUCAUGAACGCGCUUCUGGAAGAGUGGUCAAAAAUUCCCGCAAACGCACUCCUGAACCUUGUGGACAGCCUUCCCAGAAGAGUUGAAGCUGUUAUAGCUGCAAAGGGUACAGACGCUGAAGAGGAGAUCGACAGCAUGAGUGAACCAGAACCAUCCAGAAUAAAACAUGAAGAUACUGAGGAACGAACAGACGGGAUAUCAGUAAAACAGCAAAGACAUGAAGUGGAGGAACAACAUUGUAAAAUCAAACCUUCAAGAAAAAAUGCCAAACAGCUGCACACCUGUUUUCAGUGCGGAAAGAGUUUUGCCGCGCCAUCGAGUCUCAGAAAUCAUCUGCUCAUUCACUCCGGAGAAAAGCCAUCGUCACAACUGAAAAAACAACUGAUGCCUCACGUGUGUCCUUACUGUGGAAAGAGAUUCUCGUGGAUGUCCAGUUAUAAAAAGCACCAGAAAAUACACGAUGAAGUGAGAGAUCAUGUGUGUCGUGAGUGCGGGAAGGGCUUCACUAGAUCGGACUGUCUGAAGCAGCACCAGAGGAUCCACACCGGAGAAAGACCGUACAAGUGCUCGUACUGCGAGAAGAGCUUCACUCAGCCUGGAAGCCUGAAAAAGCACGAGAGACUUCACACCGGGGAGAAGCCGUAUCGCUGCGCUCAGUGCGGGAAGAGCUUUAAAGACGCGUCGACUCUCAGCUAUCACCUGCUCAGUCACUCCGGAGAAAAGCCGUUCAGCUGCGACCGGUGCGGGAAAAAGUUCAUCUCAUCAUCACAUCUAAAAAGUCACCUGACCGUUCAUUCGGACGAGAAGCCUCACGUGUGCUCUUACUGCGGAAAGAGCUUUUCGAGGCUAAUUGCUUGUAAACAGCACCAGAAAACACACACCGAAGCGAGAGAUCACUUGUGCUGCGAGUGCGGGAAGAGAUUUACUGCAGCUGGUGAUCUGAAGCGGCACCUGAGGAUCCACACCGGAGAAAAACCUCACAAGUGCUCGUACUGCGACAGGAGCUUCAGUGUGUCUGGAAAACUGAAGGACCACGAGAGAGUUCACACCGGAGAGAAAGUGCGGAGAGAGAGUCACUGCUUGGCUGAAGUAAAACAGGAAAGAAUGAAGCUGAAAGAAGAGGAGGGGUGUGGAAAAAGCAAAACGUCAAGAAAAAAUAAUUCCGAACAGCUGAAAACGCACGAGAGAAAACGCGCGCACGUUCCCGCCGGAGAGAAGCGGUAUCGCUGCGCUCAGUGCGGAAAGAGUCUUUCCGGAGCGUCGAGUCUCAGGAAUCACCUGCUCAUUCACUCCGGAGAAAAGCCGUUCGGCUGCGACCGGUGCGGGAAAAAGUUCAUCUCGUCGUCGCACCUGAAAAGUCACAUGACCGUUCAUUCGGACGAGAAGCCUCACGUGUGCUCUUACUGCGGAAAGAGCUUUUCGUGGCUGGCCAGUUACAAACAUCAUCAGAAGACGCACAGUAAAGUGAAAGACCACGUGUGCCGCGAGUGCGGGAAGAGCUUCACUAGAAUAGCCAAUCUGAAGCAGCACCAGAGGAUACACACCGGAGAGAGGCCUUACAAGUGCUCGUACUGCGACAGGAGCUUCAAUGAGUCUGGAAACCUGAAAAGGCAUCAGCGCGUUCACACCGGAGAGAAGCCGUACUACUGCACUCAGUGCGGGAAGUGUUUCACUCAGUCGCCAAAUCUAGUGAUUCAUAUUAAAAAGUGCAUUGAAAAGUUCACGGUAAAGAGGCGCAAGAUGGCAGACUCGGCUGGAGUAAAGCGGCACAGGUUGAAGGUCAAAGAAGAAGAGGAGUUUUGCAAACUCAAAACCUCAAGAAGAAAAGCCGAACGCACCUGCCCUCGGCGCGGAAAGAGCUUCGAGUAUCACAUGCACGGAGAAGACCCCUUUGGCAAGUUUCGCGCGACGUCCAGUUCAAGGAAGCGCCAGAAAGCGCGCUCGGACGAGAAGCCUUACCUGUGCUCUUUCUGCGGAAAGGGCUUUUCGGAGGCGCUCAGCUGUAAAAAGCACCAGAAACGGCACGACGCGGUGCGGGGUCACGUGUGCCGCGAGUGCGGGAAGAGCUUCACCACGGCCGCCUACCUGAAAUACCACCUUAGGAUACACACCGGGGAAAAACCGUACAAGUGCUCGUACUGCGACAGGAGCUUCACCGCGUCCGGCACCGUGAGGAUGCACGAGAGAGUGCACACCGGGGAGAAGCCGCACCGCUGCGCUCAGUGCGGGAAGAGCUUCAGGGACGCGUCGAGUCUCAAAAGCCACCUGCACGUCCAUUCCGGCGAGAAACCGUUCGGCUGCGGCCAGUGCGGGAAAAAGUACGGCUCGCCGUCGAGCCUGCGAACGCACCUGGCCGUGCACUCGGACGAGAGGCCUCACGUGUGUCCGUUCUGCGGAAAGAGCUUCUCUCGACUGACCGUCUGCAAGCAGCACCAGAAAACGCACGGCGCGGCGAGAGAGCACGUGUGCUGCGAGUGCGGGAAGGGCUUUACUAAAGCCGACCACCUGAAGCGGCACCGAAUGAUCCACACCGGGGAAAAGCCUCACAAGUGCUCGUACUGCGACAAGAGCUUCGCUCAGUCCGUGAGCCUGAAAGCGCACGAGAGGGUCCACACCGGAGAGAAGCCGUACCGCUGCGCCCGGUGCGGGAAGACUUUCACUCAGUCCUCGAGCCUCCUGACUCACGCGAGAAAGCAUUGCAAAUGAGCGGCGUGCGUUUUAAAGCGUAGACUGUCCUUGUGCAAAUUGACUUUUGGGUGCCGAGUGUCUAUUUAUGUGCGUGCCGUUAAUUAAUGCGAAAUAAAAUCCGAAACACGA